UUAUGUUUAGUUUUGUGGAAGGAGACUAACUGAAAAUAUUGCACUUAUGAACAAUGUAAAGGCUACAGAGAAUCAGUUCUACCAUGACAGAUUCCCCUGCACUAAAUAAAACCCAACCUUUUUAUAAAAGAUAUUUUUCCUUCUUGUAUUUUCCAGCCUUAUCCAUAAGCGAUGCAUCUUUCAGAAGUAAUGAAUCAUCGUGGAUGUCAUUUGCUUCCUUUCAUAUCCGACACGAGACUCACAUUCAACUACAAUUUCAGCCUCUUUCUGCAGAUGGUAUCCUUUUUUAUACUGCUCAGCACCUUAGCCCUCGAUCAGGUGACUUUCUAUGUAUAUCCUUAGUAAAUGGAUUUGUACAACUACGCUACAGCCUUGGUGACAAGAUAGUCAUCUUACAGUCUCUUCAAAACGUAUGUACAAAUGGAAGUACAUGGCAUUUCCUUAAAGCAGGAAGAAUAGGUAAUGAAGGUUACCUGGAUCUGGAUGGCAUCAACAUUACCCAGAAAGCCAGUGCUGGAAUGACUGCCCUCGACAUAAACACAGAUUUCUAUGUCGGAGGAGUGUCAUCCUUAAAUCUUGUCAAUUCAAUGGCAAUAGAGAAUGAACCUAUAGGUUUCAGUGGGUGUAUACGAGAAAUUAUUAUAAACCACAGAGAACUAAAACUCACCGAGGCAGAUCCUAAAGAUGGUUCCAAUGUAGGUGACUGUGAUGGAACGGUUUGUGGGUACACAGUGUGCAAAAAUAAUGGUAAAUGUCAAGUUCAAAACUCAGGCUUUUCUUGCUUUUGUUCUCAACCCUGGACAGGGAACACGUGUGAACAAUCUGUUUACUGUUCACAUAAUGGUUGUCUGCACCAGGCUCUUUGUAUUCCUGAUCCCAUUUUAUUUUCAUACAGUUGUGCAUGUACACUAGGAUGGUCGGGUAGAUACUGUGACAAUGAAAUCUCAUUUUCUACUGCGAAAUUUGCAGGUAAUUCAUACAUCAAAUACACGGAUCCUCAUUAUGGACAGAGAGAUCUCAGAUUUACCAGUGUAUCUCUAAAUUUUACUACCAGUCAGAGUGAAGGCUUAAUUUUAUGGAUGGGAAAAGCUGAAAAUGAAGACAAUGAUUUCCUUGCAGUUGGUCUUACUAAUGGGACCUUAAAAGUUGUGGUUAAUCUUGGGGAAAAAAUCUCUGUACCUUUAAUUCACAGUAAACAUUCCCUUUGUUGCCAGAGAUGGCAUUUUGUCACCAUAGCUCAAAACCAGACUUCUGUUAAAGUGUACCUUGAUGAAUAUCUGGUUCUCUUUGAAGAUAUUGAUCCACAAAGAAAAUACAUUGCUCUAAACUAUGGAGGCAUUUGCUAUUUUGGUGGGUUUGAACUUGGCAGAAAAGUAAACACAGUCACUUCAGGGCUUUUUAGUCAGCAGCUAGUUGGUAAAAUUAAAGACGUUGUACUCUUUCAAGAUUCUAAAACAAUCCAAUUAAUUAAGGCAGAAGGCUACAAUGUUUAUGAUGGAGAUAGGGAUUAACUGAAAAAAAUUACGGCUAAAAACCCCCCACAUGAACAGAUGAGUAGGUUUAUACUCCACCCUGUCUAUUGGCUAGUAAUAUUAGAAUAAGACUCCUUUUUAGUAACACGCUUAAUAGUAUUACGCACACGCUGUAACUACUUGCUUGCUACUAUAAACUACCAAACUUUUUAUAUAGUUGGAUGAAUAGCACAGAUGAAAAAUGGUCAAAUUUACUUAUGAUACUAAUCUCAUUUCUAGUUACUGUUUUGAAAACAGGAAACUUUGAUUUUAUAGAUUUAUUUUGCCUGAGACAGUUUUGUACUCUGAAAGUGAUAGUUUACAAGAAUAAAUGCCCUGAGAAAUGUUUAAAUUAAUGGCCUCCUUUCCAGCUUCUUUAGCCUAGCAUUCUCAAGUACACUGUAUUAGUAAAGAAAUAGAAAGGCAGACAUCAGAAACCAAUUCUCAGGGAGGGUGAUGGAGUACAGGUUGCCUAGUUUUACCUGGAAUUCCUGGAAAUCAACUGGCAAUAGUAUACAGAAAAUUAACUACAUUUGCCAGAGUUUUAUUUACACACACACAAAUCUGUCUACUAUCAUCCAGAAUCCAGUACUUUUCCCAUUUAUUUUAAGAUCAAAAAGUUUAUCCAAGUCUUAGUUUCUCUUACAAAUUGCUUGUAAAGCAUGAAAAAGUCAGCAUUUGUAGAAUAACCUCAUGCACAUACAGUGUUUCAUAGGAAAACACUGGAGUUUUCCUUCAGUGUAGGUUGAGAUUUUCCAAGAUGUCUAGGGGAUAUAGCCACAGAUCUCCCACUGAAGUUCAAUCCUCGAGUCAGCUUAAAACCUCAACCACAGAUAAAACACUUUUAAGCAAAGUAAACAAGUUUAAUUCAUUUUGCAAAUGCCUAGUUAUCAUUACUUUAAUGAUCAGUACUUUAACAAACAAGAAAUAAAACAAAGAUACUUGUGUUAUAUUUAAUGUGCUCAGUUAUAAUAUGGCCUCCAAUGCUAUUUAAAUUUUUCAUUUCAAUCGACUGCUAUUAAUUUACUGUAUAAAUAAAAUAUUUACAUCAAAACAAAAGUGGUGGAUUUCUACCUUCUUCCCUUUUAUUACAGCUCAAGAUCAAGCUCUCUUCUCAUAUUAGGAAUUAACUAUAUAUAUAUAUACACACAUACAUAUAUACAUAGUGUACUCAACUGCAGAGAAGAGACAUUACAUGGAUUUAUUUCAAGAUACAAAACCUGCUACUCAGCAAGAAUCAAGUAAGUAAAAGGCUGGAUGCUUUCUAACGAGACAAUAUAAAUAAUUUAAAUCUAUCUGAAGUACCCAGUGAAACGUCAAAAUUCCAGGCCCAUUUCAGGAUACAUAUAAAGCAGCAAUAUCUCCCUUAGUUCAUCAAACUAUUUCUUAAAUAUUAAGGGACAACAGUCAAUACUGUGGGACAGACACUUGCUUGGUCCACUUCUUUAUGCUGUUCAGACAAUGCAAAGGAAGCGGAAAUUGCUCACAAGUCCUUUGCUGGAGAUUUCUCCAGUGUAAGAUUGUCCUCAAUGAGCACAGAGGUUCCUGUGCCUCGCUCUUCCCAGUAGACAUAUCAGAAAUAGAAGAGUAGCUGAAGAAUAUUGCUUUCCAGCUACCCCCCAAUGGACUGUUGCCAUUUAGCAAGUUAAAGAAGCCUACUAGGAUAACUGGUGCCAAGAAGCAGGGAGAAGUAACAGGUAUAUUAGGAAGGUUAUCGGUUCUCAGCUAUUCCUUUUUCCUCCUUUUCCCAGGCUACCUCUUGGUGGGAGGGGAAGGGAGCCAUCUAUCCUGCUCUCUUCCCCAAGUCUCCCACAGCCUAGCAGCUAGCCAGACAAUGAAGUAACCAGUUACUCCUUCCCCUUCUCCCACCAUGUGAUGCAGCAGGGGAACAGUUAACAGCUGCUCACAACACCCCCAGCUCACACCCGAGGAACUCCCAUGGCUACAGGGGAGAAUAUGGGAGGCAAACUGGGGAGGCAGCACCCUACAGUACUGCUCUAUAGUGAUGAGAUGUAUUCAAACACUUCAGUUUAGUAACUGAAGGGCAGGACUCUGGGAACAGAUUUCCCAGUUGUCAUCAACUAAAAUGUUCUUAACACAGGUGUCUUUGAAAGCCACAAUUGAGAGCCACAUGUUGGACACCAUUGUUACACCA